ACCCAAACUCCCAUCAUGUCCAAAUGCUCAGAAUGUGCUGGUGCUGUUGUUUGGAAUGAGGACGCUUUCUCCAAUAUUUGUAUAUCUUGUGGUACAUUAACUGAUCCUUCUCAACGCGUCUUUGCGAAUAACGAUGAUCAACUCGACAGUCAGUAUUCUAACCCGUCUGCUCCGAAUACUCUGAAGCGUUUGCGUGGCGGUUCUAGCUGGGCUUUGGCCGGUGAAAGCAAGGAAGCAAGAGUUAAAAACAAUACGUUAACUAUGCAUGGAUUCAUCAAGUCGUUGACACUGACUUUAUCUGUGUCCGGUCUAUCUCCCCGUGUUUGCAACUUGUUUGAUCAAGCGAUGAAGACAGCACAGUUCAAAUGGGGAACCAAGGCGAAAGCAGUUGCCGGAGCUUGCCUAUCCAUUGCUUUACGAGAAUCAAGUAGGCCAGAUUCCCUCAAAGAUAUAGCAUUCCUCAUAGAGCAAAGCGACGUCAAUCUGAAGCGGACUCUCUCUUCGGUCCUUUCAGCGCUGAAACUAACCUUGAAAUCAAGUAGCCCAGCGCAGUUUCUCACGAUUCUACAAUCCCACCUUUCAUCUAUCCUACAAGCUCCUAUGGAUUCUUCAGGGAUGGACAUCUCGCUCUGGUCUGAACUUAAAUCCCUGUCGAUUCGUUCUGCCGUGGAAACGGCUCGACUUUUCAUCGAUAUAUUAUCACGCUCUGCUUCUGAAUCAACCUUGCGGAAUUCUCCUGCCGCAGCCGCCUGCGCUAUAUUCAUCAUGUCCCUUGAAGCGGAAAAGCGCGGGCCUUUGAGUUGUUUGGCCGAUAUCUCCGCUUGCUUCGCUGAUUCAUGCACAGUGGCGAAGGUGACCGUUACGAGUCGCUAUCAAGCUCUACACAAAGAAGUGUCUAGCUGGAUCAAGGAAGUCGAAUGGCUGGACUCCUAUCAAAAACCUAAUCAGCGAGCAAAGGUUUCCAAGAGAUUACUAUGUGCUCGAGGGCUCAAAGAUGUUCUCAACUGUAAAAACGUGCUAUGGAAAAACCAGGUAGAGGCGGAAGGCAAGUUCAGUCUCAAUCUACAGUUAAACAACGUCGACAGUGAUUCGGAGUCGGAAUGUGGUUCUUCUCAGGACGCUGCUUUGGCUGUCCCCACGAAUGAAGACACACGGCCUGCUCGAAAAAAGAAAAAGGUCCAUUCAGCCGUGACAAAUGGUGCUCAAUUUCUUCUCAGUCCUUUAGACGCCCCUGCAUCUGCGUUGUCAAGCGUUGCAACAACCUCUGCGUCAUCUUAUCCCCAAAGCGUUUCAUCAUCUUCGCAUGGCAGAAACACCGUCGACCCUUUUACAAUGUCUUCUUAUCUGCUGUCUGCAUCGUCUUUAGUCUCUGACACACGCGGAUUGCCUUCCCGUCUGCAACGAUUAUCAGUCGCACGUGGAGGCUCUGGUGCAGAUGUCAUUCUUGACGACGAACUGUUUGCUGAAGGAGAAUGGGAGAUUAUGCAGCGCACUUCCGAGGAGAUGCAGCAUCUGGAGCAGCGAUGGCGCGACGACGGUACCCUUGAUACGAUGGAUGAAGCUAGUUUCAAAGCUUCGCAGAAACAUGAAACAACGAGACGGAAGGAGAAACAGACCCAGGCUCGUACUGAAAGCCUCGCUGCAGACUCGGCACGCCAUCCGGUCUCCAAGCGAAUCAACCUGGAAGCUCUCUCGAGUUUCAUGCUCAAUCCCGGCGAUGGCUUCGACCAGGCACUUGAUCUGGAUACAUCCGAGAUUCUAGGGCUCGAAUUCCUCGAGGGCGAUUUGGACGAUAAAGGCGCAGGUGAUGAAAUCCUCGUACUUGACGAGGGAAACGAGGCUGACGCGUUUCAUAUGGCACCGGACACGGAGAGCGGGGAUGAAAUUACUGUUGACGAUUGGCGACCCCCUUCUCCAGGUCUGAAUAAUACCUUCGAUGAUUACUAUUCGUGAAGUUGCAAUCAUGCUUCGUCUGUACAUCUGGACUGUUGAAAAUCCCUGCUACUUCAUAGCCGGUGACCAUCUUUACAUAUUCCAGCCUCGCCCUCUCCUCGUGUUUGGAACGAAUUACUGUAAAUUCCGUAUAACAACCUAUCUUUGACAUCUUAUACCUAUAGUCACAUGUAUAUACACAAAAUGUCCUUAAAUCAAUUUCUGCCUCAAGGGAAACUAAGUCGUGGGGACGGGAGAUUUUGGUACUAAUGUAUGCUAAUCCAAUGAAGA